AUGCAGGCUCGCAAGGACGAGAUCCUCGCCAAAAAGGCAAAGCUCGCAGAGCUCAAGCGCCAGCGAGAGCUGCGCCAGAAGGAGUUCACGCAGAACAGAGCUAGCAUUGGUGAUGCUUCAGAGAUAGUUUCACCUGUGCCCAGUCGAACAGACAGCAGAGCAGAGCUCGACAGCCUGAUUUCACGACUGGUGGACCGGCCAUCCUCAACUUCAUUCAAAGACGGAGACGACCCCUCUCGAAGAGGCAGCCGCCCAAACUCGAUGUUGAGCGCCAGUCAAUUAAGUGGCGAGAAUGCCGAAAUAUAUUCUCCUCCAAUUCGGAUGGUAUCACAGUCGAUCGCCACGCAAACCGAUGCGUCUGGGCCCAUAGCCCCCGAACCAGCGCCAGCCCCUGAGCCCCAGAGGGAAACUGUCACGUAUAGCAAAGCCGUGCAGACGGACGACUUGCCGCCAUCCCCAACUACUGCCGCCGAUGGCCCUGUGGACACCGAAGAUGGACCAACGUCGCCGUCCAGCAAGAGGCUCAGUCGCAGGGAGCGCGAACGAGACGACGAAAUCCGCGAGAGACUACGUAAAGAAAUAGAAGAGGAGAUCCAGGAAUCGCAGCAACUCAGUGGAAAUGCUGCGCAAUCGGCUCAAGUGAGAUACCCUCUGCGGACACUGAACGAUGAUGAGCUCAAUGCGGUUACCUCUUCGGAUGACUUUUUGGACUUUGUCGAUAAGUCGAGCAAAGUUAUCGAGCGCGCACUUGACGAAGAGUAUGAUAUUUUGGCAGAUUACGAGCUGGGGGGUGUCAAUGCAGAUGACGAGGAAGAUGAAGAGUACGGCAGGAAGAGAAGAGGGAUCAAAGAAGUGGCACAGUUUUAUGACGAGAGGUGGAGCAAAAAGCGAAUGAUUAGCGAUUUGAGCUUUUCGCCCAAGUUUCCGGAAUUGGUUCUUGCUGCAUAUACGAAGAAUCCGACGGCGCCACAUGAACCCGACGGUCUUCUCCAAGUAUGGAAUCAACACCUUCACUCUCGUCCAGAAUACGUGUUUCACUCCACGUCGGACAUCCUUACAGCCAAAUUCUCCCCAUUCCACCCCAACCUCAUCGUUGGUGGCACAUAUUCUGGCCAAGUCUUGCUAUGGGACACGAGAUCAAGCCGCGCAGGAGGCGGUGCUCCGGUUCAAAAGACGCCGCUCACAGGAGCUGGACACACACAUCCUGUCUAUAGCAUCGCCAUUAUCGGCACUCAAAACGCACAUAAUAUUUUGACGGCAUCGACGGACGGUGUCGUUUGCGGCUGGACAGUGGACAUGCUGUCUCAGCCUCAGGAAUAUCUUGAAUUGACUACACCUCCACCGUCUAGGACAGAAGACUUGGCACCGACUACAAUGUCAUUUCCUCAGUCUGAUCCAACAUUCUUCCUCGUGGGAACUGAAGAAGGCGGUAUAUACCCUUGUCACAGAUAUGACCGAGCUGGCGCCAAAGCCGGCACAGACCAGCGUCUCGCCUACCGCGGCCAUGCUGCACCUAUCAUGUCCACCGCAUUCCACCCUGCCCGAGGCCCUGUCGAUUUCGGAGACCUUAUGCUCAGUUCUAGUCUAGACUGGAGCGUGAAGCUGUGGCGCGUACGACCGCCCGCCACGACAGCGGCGUCAGCCACUGGCUCUGCAUCAGGCCCUCAAGUGAUUUCCCCCUUACUCGACAUCAAUCGGGAAGACGUAGUCUACGACGCCAAAUGGUCCCCCCACCGACCCGGCGUCUUUGGCCUAGUCGACGGCGGCGGCAACGUCGAGAUCUGGGACCUAUACACCGAUACCGAGGUCCCCGCCGUCAAAACCCAACCAUCCCAAGGUCGUGGCGGCGUCCUAACACGCAGCCUGAACAAGAUCGCCUGGGAAGAACGCGAAGGCCGCCGCGUCGCAACCGGCGGGCUUGAUGGCGUUGUAACCGUCUUUGAAGUCGGAAAAGCCCUGGGCGGUCCCGUCGAAGACGUGCCGUCGGAAGAAUGGACGGGGAUGAAACGACUGGUAAGCAAAUUGGAGCAGACGGAUCGAGGGAUUUAA